AUGGGGGCAAAGCUUUCACCGCCAGCAGAAAUUGUGAAGCGGUUUGAUGCUCGUCCAGAAAAACAGACCCAUGCAAUUGGAGGCGUGGCCAGAUUUGAGUGUGGCAUAAAUGGAGCCCGAGACACUCGUUUGCUGUGGGAAAAAGUUGAGCGAAACACGAAUCUCAAUGGAGAACGGUUUAAGAAGUUUUCUGGGAUCCUACAGAUUGCUGACCUCCAGGAGUCUGACUCAGGGCCAUACAGAUGCCUUCAGUUGUCCAAGGCGACAAACCUCAAGAUGAGCUCAGAGGCGGAGUUGACGGUGGAAGGAGCGAUGAAGAGGAAGGCACCGGAGAUAAUUGCUGGUCCUGCCAAUACGACCAUCAACACCAGCCUCAAGAAGACGGCCAUCUUGGAAUGUCUAGCAGAGGGUAACCCCAAGCCACACAUCACAUGGCACAGGAGAGUGCUGUAUUACCCAUGA